UAGGAAUAUCGCAGUGUAAUCUGCAGACAACUAAUGACCAUUGCACAAAUGAUUCGCGACGCAUGUGAUAAGGACGAGGUAUUGUAUAUUAUGUAACACGGGGAUGAGAACUGUGACGUCCCUUUGAAUACUUUAUAUUAGCAGGGAACUAAUAUUUACGAAGACACGUGUCCUUUGUUUAGCAGCCACCUAUUAUAACGUCUCCGGACGGGACAGAAGGUCACUUGGUGGUUCAGGUGUCCAGUUGAUCCGGAAUAUACAAAAUUGGUGAAUGGUGACAGUUACUCAUACGAUUUGUACUAAAGAAUUUUUCUGAAAAAGGAAUAGUGCAAGUGCAGUUGAAGCGUACAGAAUAUACUCCAAUAUUUACAACAGAAAGGGCCACACAGCGUACAAGCUAAAGGAGAUAGAUCUAACAGGCACUCUGUCGUGGAUCAGUAUCUCUACAAUUUUUGAAGAAAAAAAAGGAUUUACAUUGUCUGCUUGGAUUUUCAAAAAAGUCACCGGAUCACAUGUGCAGGGACCGAUGCAUUACAUGCUGUGUCAAAAUAAAGAGAAAAACAUUGUACAAAUAUUAAAUCGAUGCAGGAAGCUACAGAAAAAAUGCAUGAAAAACUCGCUAUUGACGUGCCAAAAAACCAAACUGGGAUUUAUUCGCCAAUGGCGAUCCCCCGAACUCUUCAUAUUCCACUCUCAGCAGACGCUUCUCUGUCGCCGUAUAUGCAGCAAUGUUUACAGACGGAGAGCUUCAUCAUGGCGGCCAGUAGCAGGCCGCGGUUGAGCGUGAGCUCUCGAUAUACAGGCUUCGAUUUCAACUUUCGUGUGGUACUGGUGGGGAACCGGGGUGUCGGCAAGUCAAGCUUGAUCAGGACGUACGUUCAUGGUCAUUCUAAAUUAAUUACAACGACUGGAAAACACGAAGACAACGAUUGCAUGGUGAAAGAGCUAGUGCGCUUUGACAAGAGAGUUCGCAUUGAAAUCAGGGAUACCGCCGGAUUAGAGAGAUACCGCAGUUUGACCGCUUCGUACUACAGAGGAGCUCAUGGCUGCAUCAUCUUAUUUGACGUCACCAAUCAGAAAUCAUUUGAUGAUGUCACGAACUGGUACAGAGAUUUGAAGGAGUACGGUCCUGAUAACGUCCAAGCGAUGUUGGUCGGUUCCCGGUGUCACCUCACGAAUGAACGGGCAAUCAGCGUGGAAACGGCACUCAAAAGAGCGGAGGACUUGGAAAUCCCGUACACAGAAGUCAGCUCUGAAUCAAAUACAAACGUUGAACAGUUAUUCACAAGCCUGUUAGACUCUAUGCUAAAAAGGUUUAGGCUGGGAGAGAGAAGGCACAACAGUUUGUGUGAUUUACUAGAGAAAGACGACGUUGAAAAGAAAAAGAAAACCUUCUGUCCGUCAUGUAAAACUUAAGGUAAAAAUAUGCUCGUUUUAUAUUUUAUGGAUUAUACAACAUAGCGGCAAUAGGCCUAUAUCCCAGGCUUUCAGCUGAGUCACAAAGGAGAAAACGUGCAAUAAUUUGCCAAUUUCAGUUCACCAGCUUGCCCUAAGCCAAGUGUUUUCCGCACGAUUCUGCAAUUGUCCUUCUGGUUUUCGUCGUUAGUAAAAAGCAACGUUUUCAACGAGUUCUAAUGCACUGAAAAGGGUCAGCAAUAGAACUCAUGAGGAAUUAACCGAGACAGCCCAAAAAAAUCUGGCGACUCGGGGUUAAAUCAAGGAAGAUUUCGCGAACGGAGGACCGUGGGGACAGAAAUAAUGGCUUGCGAGUGCGGUGCGUCAUAGAAUAACACCUGACCAAAUGUAUCCACGGAUAUUUGUCUGGUUUUCUUUAAAGAUCUGUCGAAUUACAGUCAAUUGCACAGCACUGUAUAUUUACCAAGUUUUGGUUUUCACUUUUGAAUUGCUUUUAAAAGAAGACAUAACCGGCGCAUCGCCCUUAUCGCUGGUCUCGUAUGAGCCAAGUCCUCUUUAUAGACGAUCUCGGACGAUUCCCAUUUGAUGUGUACAUCAGUCAGAGAGAUGUGCACUGAUGUGUUUGACCUACUACUAAUCUGUAACUCGCUGUUCUAUAUACACUGAGCAAAAAUAUAAACGCCCACCCAAUACUUACGAAAGUUAUGGGUUAUAUAAAUACACUCGACCAAAAAAGUUCGGAAACAUCGUUAAUUUGAAGAAUUAUAAAAUAACCAUAUAAGCUAAGGUAAACGUGUUAACCAUAUACUGUCCUUAGCCCAUUAUAUGUUACAUAAAUAAUGCACAUGCGACGUUUAUACCUUUGCUCAGUGUAUUUGAAAAGGGAAAUGUUGGGCAUGACCAAAGCUCUCUGUCAAUCGUUGUUUGGUGAUAUUGUGUAUUUACGAUAAACUGAAUAAUGUUAGCAAUAUAUCUCAAAAUGUACUGAUUUCAUAGAUCUGAAAAAGGGUUACAAAUGUACAUUACUUUAAAAUGCAUAGAUGUAAGAACCAUUAAGGUUUACAGGAUCGCUGGGAGAUUGUGAUGAUUUUUGUCCCAUACUUUUUGUGUUUGUAUUCUAAAGGACAUAUUUUGUAUAAUAUUUGUAUUUAAAAUUUAAGUAUAAAGUAAUGGCAUCAUUUUAUAUUUCGAAAUAUUUGAUACAUUGGCACUGAAUUAGGGCAGUGUAACUUAUUCAGAAGGCGUAGAUCUGAAUAACUUCAACUAAUUUUUUCAUAAACACUUGGCUUUAAAAUACAAGGAAAAAGUCAUCCCAGAAGAAGGAGAUGAACUGCUAUAAAUCGAUCAAUGGAUCAGCACAAAUUUGAACCCAAAAAUAAGUUGGAAAUAGAUUAAUCUACCCUUUUAUAAGUGUAUACUUCUUUACAGUUGUUAGAAAUCUCCCUUUAUAUAAUAAAGAUUAGCUGAACUUGUCAAAAGAGUAGAAAUAUGUGAUGAUUGUUCAACAAUUGAAAUACCUGUUAAGGUCAGUAUCGAUAUUAAAAUUGUAUGAUCUGGCCUUAAUGUAUUUUUGUAAUAAAAUAUUAUGAAUCUUU